AUGGGAUUUGAGGGAAUUCUGCUGAAAUUCCAGAAUUUCGGGAAUUUUUUGACGAAAUUUGAGGAAUUCCAGAAUUUUCCGGCGCCGUUUGGGAAUUCCUGGAGUUUUCCCAAAAAUCCUCCGAAUUUCCAGACGGAUUUUCAGCAUUCCCAGAAUUUCCUGACAAAAUUUGGGAGUUUCCCCCUAAAAUCUCCAAAAACUUUCUGGAUUUUUUCGACGGAAUUUCUGAUAUUCCCAAAUUUCCCGUCGGGAUUUUUGGGUUUCCAAAAUUUCCUGGAGUUUCCCGCCUGGAAUUUGGUGAUUUUGAGUUUUUUCGGGCGUUUCCUGCUGGGAUUUUCCUCUUCCUGCUGCUCCUCCUGGAAUUUUGGGAUUUCCAACCAAAAUUUGGGUCGGGAUCCGCCGGGAUUUGGAAUUUUUGGCCGAAAUCCGUCGGAUUUUGCGAUUUCCUCCUGGAAUCCGUCGGGAUUUGGGAUUUUGAUCCCGAAUUUUUCUGGAGCUGCUCCUCAAAAUCUGUUGGGAUUUGGGAUUUUGGGUCAGGAUCCUCUGGAUUUUUUAAUUCCGUCGAGAUUUGGGAUUUUGAUCCCGAAUUUUUCUGGAGCUGCUCCUCAAAAUCCGCUGGGAUUUGGGAUUUUGGGCUGGAAUCCUCUUGGAUUUGAAAUUUCAUCCUGGAAUCCUCUGGGAUUUGGGAUUUCAUCCCUGAAUCUUCUGGGAUUUGUGAUUCCAUCCUGGAAUUCUCUGGGAUUUGGGAUUUUGACCCUGAUUCCACCAGGAUUUGUGAUUUCAUCCCUGAUUCUGCUGGGAUUUGGAAUUUCAUCCUGGAAUCUUCUGGGAUUUGGGAUUUUGGGUCAGAAUUCUCUGGGAUUUGUGAUUCCAUCCUGGAUUCUUCUGGGAUUUGGGAUUUUGGGUCAGAAUUCUCUGGGAUUUGUGAUUCCAUCCUGGAAUUCUCUGGGAUUUGGGAUUUUGACCCCGAUUCCACGGGGAUUUGUGAUUCCGUCCUGGAAUCCUCCGGGAUUUGGGAUUUUGGGCCAGAAUUCUCUGAGAUUUGCGAUUUCACCCCCGAAUUCUCUGGGAUUUGUGAUUCCGUCCUGGAAUCCUCCGGGAUUUGGGAUUUUGGGCCGGAAUCCUCCGGGAUUUGUGAUUUCACCCUCGAAUCCUCCGGGAUUUGUGAUUUCAUUCUGGAAUUCUCCGGGAUUUGUGAUUUCACCCCCGAAUUCUCCGGGAUUUGUGAUUUCAUUCUGGAAUUCUCCGGGAUUUGUGAUUUCACCCCCGAAUCCUCCGGGAUUUGUGAUUCCAUUCUGGAAUCCUCCGGGAUUUGUGAUUUCACCCCCGAAUCCUCCGGGAUUUGCGAUUUCGCCCCCGACCGCUGCGGGAUCCCGAAGGUUCCCCCCAAAACCUUCCCCCAAUCCCCUCCCAGGCUCCGAACCCUCUCGGGAUCUCUGGGCAGGUAAAGCUUCAUCCCCCCCUCCUCCUCCUCCUCCUCUUCCUCCUCCUCCUCCUCCUCCUCCGCCCCCAAUAUCGCGACCACGGCCCCGCAGACGUCCCGCAGGAUUUUGCAGACGGAGCUGCGGGAGACGCCGAACGUGGCUUCCAGCGCCCGGUACUCGGUGACGGCUCCGAGCCGCCACAGCGUCAGCGCCAGGCGCACCUCGGCCGGCACGGCGCGGCGCAUGGCGGUGUCGCGACGCCCGAUGGCCGCGCUCAGUCGCGACACCAGCGCGUCGAAGGUGUCCGGGCGCAGGCGGAAGCGGCGGCUCCACUCGCGGCCCGCCAGCGACUUCUCGCGCACCGUGGCCCAGAAGGCGGAGCUGCGGCUGCGGCUCCAGACGCGGCCGCGCCGCCGCCGCGGGGAGGCCUGAGGGGGGCAGCAGGAGGAGGAGGAGGAGCGGGCGGGGAGGAAGGCGAGGCGCAGCGCGGAGAGGCGGCGGCGGCGGAGGAGGAGGAGGCGGAGGCGGCGCAGGAGGGCGAGGCGGCGGCGGCGGCGGCGGCGGCGGCGGAGGAAGAGGAGGAGGAGGAGGGAGAGCGAAGCGGCGGCGGCCGCCAUGGGCGGCGCCAUCUUGG